AGAAUGCACUGGACCGCCGCGUAUGAAUGGCCCAAAGGUCGGGAUAUCGAUGUUACCAUAAACUGGCAAUUAAUACGAAGUUGUAUUAGUGAAUUAAUUCAUGUUACAAGCACUUGACACAUACGCAAUAGCUUUUUACUCGGAAUUAUGGGCCAGUAUACAAUAACUCAGUCACGUUCAUAGUGCUACUUUGCACCUUCCGCGGUAGGAAAUAGAUUAUCCAAUGAGGUGAUUUCUUUCCUGCUGCAAGCCAGUCCGAUGUCAACAUCAAAUAUGGCUGUAACGCCGAAUGCCAUCAGGCAGCAACUUGCUGCAUUGGCAAAUUCUGGUGGAUCUCACAAAGAUCAAGCGGAAAGGUAUCGCUCGAUUUUAGAUUCCUUGUUGACGUUAACUUCUGAAGAUCUUAUUGAAACGCUAAAAGUAUUUAUUGAAGCAAUUGUCAAUGAAAAUGUGAGUUUGGUAAUAUCACGACAAAUUCUUACUGAUGUUAGUACUCAGCUCACGAAUCUCCCAGAUUUCAUUUCCAAGGCAGUCUCACAUUACACUUUGGACAAGGUCCAGCCUCGUGUCAUCUCAUUUGAAGAGCAGGUAGCUAGUAUUAGGCAGCAUUUAGCUGACAUUUAUGAAAGGGAACAAUGUUGGCGAGAAGCAGCAAAUGUUCUUGUUGGAAUACCUCUUGAAACAGGACAGAAGCAAUACUCCGUGGACUAUAAGCUUGAAACCUACCUGAAGAUAGCAAGGUUGUACCUGGAAAAUGAUGAUCCAGUGCAAGCUGAAGCUUUUAUAAAUAGAGCUUCUCUCUUGCAGGCUGAAUCUAAAAAUGAGCAAUUGCAAAUUUACUAUAAAGUAUGUUAUGCACGAGUACUUGACUAUCGACGUAAAUUCAUUGAAGCUGCUCAACGCUAUAAUGAGCUUUCUUAUCGCAGUAUUAUUCAUGAAGAUGAACGUAUGACAGCUCUUCGGAAUGCACUUAUUUGCACUGUUCUUGCAUCAGCAGGACAACAGCGCAGUCGCAUGCUGGCUACGCUAUUUAAAGAUGAGCGCUGCCAACAACUUCCAGCAUAUGCAAUUCUUGAGAAGAUGUACCUAGAUCGCAUCAUUCGCAGCUCUGAACUGCAAGAAUUUGCCAUUCUGUUACAACCACACCAGAAAGCAACUACAACGGACGGUAUUGUCAAGUAUUAUGAAUAAUUUAAUAUUUAUUGAAAGCACAGUCUUCUUAGCAGUUUUUGGCAUUGCAUGAGUUAUGGCAGCUGAGGUCAGGUGAACAACCAUCUUUAGGCACAUUUUGGGUGUCUUGUUUAAUUGCAAUGCCACCUAGCUUUAUACUUUGAAUAAAAGGUGCGACUUGUGUUAUUUAAUGGUAUGAUUGCAGGCUCAACUAUUCUUGAAAGAGCUGUCAUUGAGCAUAAUCUUUUAUCAGCUAGCAAGCUGUACAACAACAUUACAUUUGAGGAACUUGGAGCUCUGCUUGAAAUUCCUCCUACCAAGGCUGAAAAAAUUGCUAGCCAAAUGAUAACGGAAGGUCGCAUGAAUGGUUACAUUGAUCAGAUCGAUUCCAUUGUGCACUUUGAAACUCGAGAAGUCCUUCCACAAUGGGAUAAACAGAUCCAGUCUCUGUGCUACCAGGUAAACCAGAUUAUUGAAAAGAUGACUAAUAGUGAACCCGAGUGGAUUGCUAAGGCACUUGAAGAACAAAUGGUUCAUUAAAGUAAUCACACUCUAAGUUUUGUCAAUGUAAUUUCACGUUCCUGUCUAAUAAAAAUUGUUGUACAUCUCA